AUGUCUACACAAACCGCACCCGCUGGGGGCGAAGGAUCGUCGCACAGUACGCCAUCAUCACAACCCGUCGCUGCAGAUGGAACAUCAACCCCCACAUCAGUCACAUCUUUGGACCUCUCCAACCUCUCUUCACAUCCACUCUACACGGCCAUGUUUCCAACCCCCGACUUGCCGAUCGCCAACAUCAGCCGCAUUAUGAAGAGGUCGCUACCCGAAAACGCAAAGAUCGCAAAAGACGCCAAAGAGUGCGUUCAGGACUGCGUGAGCGAGCUGAUCAGCUUUAUCACGUCCGAAGCAUCGGAUAAAUGCGCCGCCGAAAAGAGAAAGACGAUCAAUGGUGAUGAUAUCUUGUACGCCAUGAGGGUACUUGGUUUCGAUAACUACGAAGAAGUCCUAAGGGUCUAUCUAUCGAGGUAUAGAUUGGAUCAGGAGAACAAUCCGAAACCAAGAAAGAAGAACGACUCCCACGCGAAUCACGACGAAGAGGACGAUGACGACGACGAGGCAGCCCAUGCCCAGUACCAACACCAAUCAUAG